AGAUGAUGAACUGGGGUGGUGAAGCAGCUGCUUGUCCUGUCUUUGAAGCAUGAAGUUUCCUUGUACAGGAUGCGUCCCCUUCGUUGUUGUCUGGGUGGAACAAUCUAUUAGUUCUGUGAAACUUGGCACAAAUUUUCAACUAUUUCUGUGUUCCUAAACUGCUCUAUUCAAUGUUUUGGUCGGAUGGAGUCUUGUGCUUUCUUGACAUGCGCUUUCAAAUUUGGUCUUGUACUCUGUGAAUGCUCAUUUAUUGCGACUCAUGCAUGAUCCGCAUCAAAUGCCAUAUUUCUGUUCAGCUUCCCGUUGACUUUUAUGUUUGCACACAAUUGCAAAUGGGAAGGCAGUUUGUCUUUGCAUGGGUAUUUGGAGAAGUGAUGGGGAGGGUUCCGUUCCACCAUUGGGAUUUUGAUUCUUCUCACUUGGGAAUAGAAACCAUCUUUAGAAGUAAAUGCCCAUUUUGGUUGCCCUGUUUACAGUGUGCUACUAAAUAAACAGGAAUCAAGCGGGUAAUUUAUUUCUUACGUUCCUGCUCUGUGCUAGUUUUUUAUUUAAUGGUUAUAUGUUGUAUUAAUUUCGUGACCUUUUGACAGGAACUUCAGCUUAUUUGUGGCCUUAAUGGGUACAUGAUUGCGUUUCUUUGUUGCUUUGGACAUGGUUUUAUAAUCUUUAAAAUUCUCAGUCUUUUGGGACGCUACAAAAGGUCUUCGUGUUAACUGAUUAUAAAUCCACUAUCAACGUUCUUGGGCGCUGAUGGGGAUGGAAGAGUUCUGUUUUUGUGUAAACUCGUGGCAGGUUGUUGGGAAGCUCUUUGAUGAACUAGUUAGCAACUGCUGUUAUUCUUUCUCAUGAGUUGGUAUCAUGUAGCCCUAUCCGGUCUGAAGAUUGUGAUUCUAGUCUUUAAUUGUACUUGCUUCUGGUGUCAUAUUUCUUUCAUUUUCUAAGGAAACUAGAUUAGUGGGUAUAAAUGUACUGUGUCAAAAACUUCGUUAGCUAGUCCUUUGGGGUUCCUGGUAUGAAUUUAUUCUCUUUUCGAGUUUAUGGACCAUUGGUUUUGCUAGAGGCUUCUUUUCAAGAUUCUGCUUUUCCUGGCCCUUUUCGGAAGCAUUGCCAAGGGAAAUUCUAUUGGGAUAACCUUAGGCUGUGAAUUACUGUUAUUUGAGCAAGAUUUGUAAAUCUUGACCUUUGGUUCUGAUGUAGCGUGCUUGUGCUAAAGGGCUGACUUCAUUGGUGGAGGUUAUUGUUUUUGCAUGUUUUGGCCUUGCAUAUUCGUUUGUG